UUUCACAAAUAGGUAAAGAAUCGCGUAAAGAUUUUUGAUAUUCAUAAUAUUUUUCGCGUCGUUUGUUGGAGGCGUAUGCUAUUAUGUGAAUAGUGAAUAAAUAUUAAGGAUUACACUGUAUUCUUAAAACUAUUCUUUGGAAAAUGGAGGUGUCACAUUCAUUGACACUAAACGAGACUGCCCUGCUGCAACUACCAGAUGAUAAGAAGCCACAUUUUAUAUUUGAGUGGCUCAGAUUCUUAGAUAAAGUACUUGUAGCAGCACAUAAGUCAGAUCUCAAGAGCUGUCAACAGAAGUUAGUGGCCCAGUUGGUCAACCUUCUACGUGAGAAUCUCGGGGCACCCGCGCGUAGGUUACUCGCUAGAUGUCUAGCGACUUUAUUCUCAGUUGGUGACACGUUCCUGCUUUUUGACACAGUUAACAAAUGCAAUGAUAUUAUCAAAGUGAAGGACGACUCCCCGUCAUAUUUACCGACCAGACUUGCUGCAAUAUGUUGCUUAGGAAGCAUGUACGAAAAGCUUGGCAGAAUGAUGGGGAGGUCCUACGAAGAAACUGUGACCACCCUAGUGAGGUCGAUGAAGAGCGCUGAGUCGCAGACUCGCCUGGAGAUUAUGACUACACUUGACAAGAUAUGCGUGGGAAUGGGCACAGCCGCCGGGGCGGCACUGAGGGAAGUGUCUCGUGCGGCUCGUGCCGCCUUACUCAAUGAAAGGGCGACCCCGGUGCGGGCAGCUGCCGCUAAUACCAUACGUCACAUGCUGCCCCUGUUGAGACUGUCACCCGCCGACGUUGACGCUAUAGCAGCCGCGUGCUUGAGAGCGGCUCAUCCGAGUGAUUACGGGCUUCGGUGUGCAGUCGCAGAACUUUUGGGUGCACUAAUAGCAGCAACUCAAGCUGGAGAAGUUAAUAAUAUCAAUACGAAAGCAAAAAUAGGAUUGCAACCAGUGGCAAAUAAAAAGGAUCCUCCAAAGAACGUUAUAUCUCUGGAAGAAGCUCUGAACUUGCUGAUGGGGGCAUUCCUUCGUGGUGGUACCUCAUUUCUAAAGGGGGAGAUAAUUAAAUCUGGUUCCGGAGUCAAUAGAGAAGUUCGCGUUUGUGUUACUAAUGCGUACGUAAUGUUUGUACAAAAUAUGGGCGGUGUUUGGCUUGAGCGCAACAUGAGUACGUUUUUGACACAUGUGCUGGACCUAGUUGCCAACCCUAAAGCUGCCAGCUCCCACGUCGAUGCUGUUUAUUCCAGAAAAUGCAUCAACUAUAUCUUGAGAAACACGCUGGGAAAAAUGUUGGGCGAGAAGGCUCAGGCAUCGGCGUGCCGUGAAAUAAUUCAGAUAGUUGCUAAACAGAUGAACAGCAUAGACUUCAACCCGGAGAAUGCUAAAGACUGCAAUCAGGAAACGUUAUUCAGUCAACAUCUGCUAGUAUGUGCACUGACCGAAGCCGGUGAAUUAGCGCAGCAGCUGGGAACAUCUGUGCACAACCUCGUUGCGGACACUUCUCUCAACAUGAUCGAUACUGUCUGUUCUGUACUGGAACACCCGUGCGUUGCAGCCCGUUUAGGCGCGGCGUCUUGUCUGCGUGGACUGUGUAUAGCGCAUCCCGCUUUAUUGGCGCCUUUACUAGACCGGUGUACUGACGCGUUGGACGUGCCCAGACCGACGCCGCAUCGGAUAUCGGGUUAUUCAGCAGCAUUAGCAGCUAUAUUAGGCGCUGUCAGAUCGUCUCCAUUGGGCGUACCUCACGGGCGAGGCAAGAUAGCUUUCAACGCUGCAGAGCAACUUCUACGGUCGGCUGGUCAAAGCAGCCGGUUGACCGCCGCAAGGACUAACGCUGGCUGGCUCAUUGUUGGGGCUAUUUGUACUUUGGGGGUGCCUGUAGUUCGUGGUUUGUUACCUCGAAUGUUGCUUCUAUGGAGAAAUAGCUUCCCGCGCUCGGCGAAGGAGCUUGAAUCCGAGAAAGCAAGGGGAGAUGCUUUUACUUGGCAGGUGACGUUAGAAGGGCGAGCGGGUGCUCUCUCCGCUUUACAUAGUUUGCUCAUACACUGCCCGUCACUCGUAAACAAUGACGAUACUGCGAAAAGAUUGACACAACCCAUAGAUGGCGCCAUCGCUGUUUUGACUAACGUGGGAGCAGUAGUACGCAACUAUGGAGGAUCGCUAAAAGCUCCAGCGGCGUUAUUGCGGCUGCGGUUAUACCAAGCUUGCGCCGCAUUAGGAGCUGCGGCCUCCGCGCCCGCGGCCCCGUUGUUGCGGUUGCUGGCCGCAGAGUUAGCAGGAUCUGCGGACGCGAGCGGUGCAAAUGUUGCUACUGGUAUGCUAAGAAGCGCCAUGCACCCACGAGACACCAUAUUACUUGGGGAAGAAGGUUGGAUAUAUGAUACGGAUCAUGCUGAAAUAGAAGAACAGCUUAUAUCGCCGCUGAGUGCAAGCGGUUCAAGCGCUUUAGAGCACGACCCGUGUUGCUUGUAUCGCAAGUUGUCAGGCGCACAGCCAUUGGGAGUCGCUGUUAUAGACGCUUCAGUGGCGCUUUUCCCUUUGAUAUUCUCACGAGCGGCCAAUAAGCAUAGACAACAAAUGCUCGAACAUUUUGUGGAGUGCAUUAAAAUGUCCAAAGGAAGUAGACAAGAGGCAAUUCAAAUCAACGUAUACACAGCCCUUCUUUUAGCGUUGCGCACUCUAGCCGAGCAGAAGAGUUCUCUGGGCGCGGGACAAGAUGCUGUGAAAACUGCCGCUAUGGAACUUAUUAUUGCCGGUUUAUCAGCCAAUAGUGCCACAGUACGUGCCGCAGCCGCUUCUUGCGCUGGAAGACUUUGCAGCUGUAUAACUGAAGCGGAAAGUCAAGCUUUAAGCGAAAGAGUUAUUGCGUUAGCGCGAUCGUCUACCAGUAGACCGGUCCGUGCAGCGGCUGCAGCGGCUGUGGGCGCUGUGCAGAGAGCGAGAGGAACUGCUUCCAGCGCUACAGCGCUGCCGGUGUUGAGAGCGCUUGCACAAGAUGCCGCUGCUGUGGAAGUGCAGGUAUGGUCGCUCCAUGCAUUGUCAGUCCUCGUGGACGCGUCAGGGCCAAUGUUCAGAGGCCACGUGGACUCGACCUUGAACCUAGUUCUAAAGCUACUAUUCAGCGCGCCACCCUGUCUAGAUGAGUUACACCGAAGUAUUGGAAGAUUGCUGGCUGCCUUGAUUACUGUCGUCGGACCUGAGUUGCAAGCGUGCGGAUGUGCGGCGGUGGGCCGGUUCGUAUGCGCGUGCGCAGCGCUGCGUGAAGGCGGGGGUGCGGGCGCGGCUGCCGACGCCAUUGGAGGCCUGCAGCAGCUGCACAUGUUCGCGCCCAAUCACAUCAACUUACACGCUUUGGUGCCGCAGUUAUGUAGAGAUCUGUCAAGCCCGGAGUUGUCAGUACGUCGCGCGGCGUUGUGUUGCUUGCGUCAGUUGUCGCAAAAAGACGCGGCUGACGUUUGCAAAUACGCCAAGCUUACUACUGACUACGUGCCUCCUCGGCCUUAUUGCGGUGUCGUUGUACCGGAUACGGGUCUCCCAGGCGCUCUAUUCGCAUACUUGGAUAUGGAACGCGAUAAAACAGCACUGUCGCAUGCCCGCGACACUUUAUCUUGCUGUCUUCUAGCGGCGGCCGGUAACAGAUCCGUGAGGGACUGGCUGGUUUUGGCCAAGAAGGUGCUGACUGUACGUCUAGAGGACAGCGGUAAUACGGAGACAGAUUUCGACGCUGAAGGCGAUGACGACCAGGCGGAAUUCCACGCUGAGUCGGAACAGUCGACACAUCCAGCCGUACAGCCGAGGUGGCCUACUCGGGUAUUCGCGAUGGAAUGUAUCCAGAAAGUUAUGGCUGCUUGUGAAGCGACAGGAGAUAGUGCGCAUUUUGAUCUUGUGAAGGCUAAGGAAAAACUGUUAAUUGAUCCAAAUGCCGAUUACCUUUCGCUCCACCUUUCGGAUCUCGUCCGCAUGGCGUUCGUUGGCGCGACGGGCGAGUCCGAUGCGUUAAGACUGUGCGGUUUGAAGACAUUGCAGAUUAUUAUACAGCAAUACGCUCGAGCACCCGAGCCUGACUUCCCGGGACAUUUGCUGUUGGAGCAAUAUCAGGCACAGGUGGGUGCAGCCGUACGACCGGCAUUUGCCGGCGAUACCGCUUCCCACGUCACGGCGGCAGCUUGUGACGUAUGCUCAGCGUGGAUCGGUUGCGGCGUGGCGAGGGAUAUCAACGAUUUGCGCAGAGUCCAUCAGUUGCUGGUUACCAGUUUGGAUAAAUUAAAUAAAAAGGGCAACACGACUCUUAUAUACAAUGAGAGUAUGGCCACACUGGAGAAACUUUCUAUUUUGAAGGCUUGGGCUGAGGUAUACAUAGUAGCAAUGGUGAGCAACGACAGCGCUCCCGGCAGUUACGUGAAGCAGCUCGACACAAAACCUGUUAACAAUCGCGCGGAAAUCGCAAAAUGGCGGAAUCAAGUAUUGCAAAACAAUAAUCAAAUUGAUAACGCCAAUCAGGAGAGCGACGACGAGGAAUAUGGAGAGUUUGAGUCGAAGGGGGAGAGUUUGCUGAAGCUAGUAGAACCCGAGCUGGAGAGUUUGGGAGAGAAUUGGUUGGCUGCUUUGAAGGAUCAUGCGCUUUUAAGUUUACCGCCUGAAUUCGCAUCUCAACUCCCGCACGGCGGCGGGGCAUUUUACUCUGCGGAGACCGCGGAAGCUUCGAGGGCUCACUACGCGGGCGCUUGGCCUUCCCUUCUAUAUGCAGCUGCCUUACGCUUUAACGCCACUAUAGCCAACUCCAGCCAAGGCACCGAAAAUACAGAAAACACCGACAAUGUUGAUAAUAAUAGAAAUAACAAAACUGAGAAUGGAAAUUGCGAGUUUUUUGAACCCGUUGACGAAAAGUUUCAUCUUCUUUUUGGUAUUUGUAUGGAAGCGCUAUGUGCACAGCGCGAUAUGAGCGUGGAGAACACCAUUACAGUUUUGUUGUCUUUGGUCACUCUACUCGAUGCUCCUGAAAAUAGAGCAAGAUUGCUUAAAGACCGAGCGUUAGCCAUAGAGCUUUGCCAGAUCAUUCAUCGCACAGGUCUGACGCAGGAAAGUGUCGAAGCGUUAUUACUGGCCGCUGAUGUGCUACAGCCAGUGGUGGCCGCGGCUAGGGAACAGCUGAGAAAAGCGAUGCAGGACAAGAUAAAGGAACUCGCACCGAACGAGUCGACGGAGAGCAUACCUCAAUCAGUCCUCGAAGUCGUCCACACAUUAGGUGAAGGAGGUCCUACCGGAGAUUUGCCACCAGGGAAAUCCCUAGUGUUCGCCUGUUUAGAAGUGUGUGUCUGUUUGCUUGUUCGGAGGUUGCCUUCCUUGAGUCCCUUAAAGCAGGAGGGAAGGGUCGGGGUUAUAGGAGUGCGCAAGGGUUUGGGUGUACACGGGGAUACGUUGCUGAUUAAAAGUUUGGCGUCCAUGUCGGAUUUAACUACACUCACAAGUCCUCAAGGUGCGUUAUCCCUUCUGCCCACAAUACUCUAUCUCGCAACGGAGAUUCUACGCGAGAGUAAAGGUGACCCUACACUGUCCGAUGCGGGGAUCCUGCUCUUGCAACAGGCAGCGGAAUGUAAAGUUGUGCGCGUACACCCCGAGACCUGUGAACAGCAUGCCUUACUUCUUCAGAGCACGCUUGCUACUCUUGUGGAUAGAGUUAAGUCUGAGGAACCAGAUCAGCGUAUAGACAACGUGACCGGUGCGCGUGCAAUGGCCGCGAUAUUAGCACGCGCGGCUCCCGCACCGCCCUUGCACUACCCGUGCAUUAACCACUUCCGACAGUGCCUCGAUACUAGGGACCAUGAGGUUUUCGCAUCAUGCUGCACAGUUCUCCGCAGUGUUUGGUCUCGGACCGCCCCCGCGGAGUGUGUGUCGUGGUGGGCGCGGGCACUGGCCGCGCGGGUGGUGGCCCGGGCGGCUGCGGCCCGCCACGCCACAGACGCGUCGCACGUCAAGGCCGCAAUUUCCGCGGUCACUGCAUUGGAUGAGUUGGUUGACGCCGCACCGGACGCCGCACAGGAUCCUCACAAAGGUAUCCAAAUGCUCUGGAUCCUUGUGCCAAUAGUGAUCUCGUAUUUACGCGAGGCUUCGGAUUUACCGCGCGCGCCCGCACAUGUGCGUACUCUACACGAGUUCGCGUUACACUGGCUGAUGCGCGUCGGACCUAAGCAUCCCCAGGAGUUCAAAACAAUGAUGCAACAGUCUUCGGAGCUUCGUUCAAAGCUUGAAAAUGCAGUAAAAGCUAAUCAAGCAAAUCGAAACGCACGUCGAUCAGCGUCCACGCGGCCCGCCUUUGACACCCGCCCCGCCAAACCUACAAUAGAACUUAAGACAGACUUUAGCGACUUCAGGUAAACCUGUAUCUAGUUAUUAGGUGAAACAUUUUAGAGGUAAGCCAAUAUUUGUCAUUGACUAAUGUGAGUAUUAAAGUAUUUGAAUGUAGCUAAUCGCAACGCGCUGGAUUUAAAAAUAUGGACACUGUACCUAUUAGAUAAAUUAGACAGAAAUUUGUUAUAUAUGAAAUAUUAUUUUAAACUAAAGAAAGAUCAAUAUUUGUCAUUGACUAACAUUAGUAUAAAACAUAAUUGUAUCAGGCUUCAAAGUCCGUUUUUGACACUCGCACCUCUAAACCUAUUAAAUUUAUGACAUAAAGUUUUCAGGUAAGCCUGUAUUAAGUUUUUGGUAAGUGAAAAGAUGAUUUCAAAGUUAAGGCCAAUAUUUGUCAUUGCCUAGCCAGUUAACAGUUAACUUAACAGUUUGAAUCAAACUAAAAUCGCAAACGUUAAAAGUCUGCAUGUAUUUAAAACUCACUCGGUUAAACCUACUAUUUAACUUACGUCAGAUUUUCGUGUUUUUAGAUAUAUAAAAUUAAUUCAGAAUUGGGAUGUGAAAGUUUAGACGAAUAUUGGUCACUGAACGAUUCAACGGUUGUAAGAAAUUUGCCCUCGUAAUAAUAACAAAAAUAGUAAGUAAUAGGAAAAAAAGUAAGUAAAUAUUAAGUAAUACUGAGUGGAGAGAGUUAUUUCAGUAGAUAACAAUAAUUACUUGAUAAGUAUUGUACGUAAUUAUUGAAUGCAAUAAUAAGAAAUUUUAUAUUCGAAUCUAAAGGAAAGUUGCGUAGCAACUUCAUACAUGAAUUUAUGGCAUCGUCUUACGUAAACGUACUGCAUUUUUUUAUUAUAAAGUAUUCGUUACUAUUUGUGUAUUUCUUUUAAUUGUAUUUAUAUUAAAACGAAACCGGCGAACUUAUUUGUCAAUUAAAAUUCCUAAAUUGUACUACAAAGAAUAAAAAUUGCAGUGAAACUUCUCUAGGCACGGGGAAGCAAUUUCAUGAUGGAAUAUUUUGUUAAUACAAAUUUUAGUAUUUUUUUGUACACUAAAAACGGUCAAGCAGAAAUUAACUUAAAACAAGGUAUGUAGUGCUGAUUCAAUCUUAGAAAAAGUUGUCUAAUUUGAGACAAAUUUGACGACUUUAAUUUCAAUGGACCGAAACAAUUUGAUUCCAUUCGACAUAAUCCAACUCGAUUGUCCAGCGACAAAGAAGUUUCACAUUUAUGCAUAUACAUUUACAUGAUGUAAAUGUGUUGUUUUUACAUAAAAAAAGUGGUAGAAAACGAUAAGUUAGUAUGGUGAGAAGUAAAAUUGUUUACGUAAGCUAAGACUAGAAAGAAUAUAUUAUAUUUUAAUUUCCCAAUAAGUAUAAUUAAAUAAAAUGUUUACGUUCUUCUAUCUCACGAAGACUAGCUAAGUUUUAUGUAUGUGUUAAGCUGAAGUGCGAAUGCGUCUAAUUUUAGUACAGCAGCUGUUGGUAAAACUUUAGAUGUAUAUUAUUUAUUUGUGGCUAAAACUAGAAAAGGUGAUUGUCUUUAGUACAUCAUAUAUGUAUACCGCCUGUUGUAUUCUACUUCUGUCCUUUUAUUUCUAUUGUUUUUUUUUAUUUUUCUAACUUCAUAGUGGUUUACAAAUAAAGAGUUAAAUAAAAUUUAUAAAUAAAUAUAACAGCGCACAUAACUACCAGCUUCGUGUUAUUGCUUAACUGUCUUCGUGAUGUAGAAGGACUAUACAAUUAAAAUAUAAAGAACAUAGUAUACUGUGAUAGUGUUUUGAAAUUAUGAAAAGCCAAAUUUUGUUGUUGUAUACGAAUUAAUGUUUAUAUAUCUAUGUCGCAGGGAAUGGGUAUGUCAGUGAUUUUACGAAUUACCAAGGAAUACCAUUACAUUCCAGAAUAAAGCAUUUUUUUUGUAAUAUUUUUGGACGACAAACUUCAAAAGCUCAGAUUUUAAGUAUCUAAAGUAGUGAAAAAAAAAGGUAUUUUAUAAAUAAAUGACACGAACCAUACAAUAAUAAAAACUUCAACAAACUUAAAUAAUGUAGUAUAUAUUUGUGGUAUCCAGUUUUCUCAUUCUUCCUUGAGCAAAUGUUUUCUAUAUUUGUUUUUUUUUAAGUUUUUAUCUAAGGCUUUUUACUGGAUUAGGUAAUACAAGCGGUGAUAGGCUAUAGUAAGGCUUCGGGUCCGUUUUGAGGGAUCGAAUAGGAUUCCCGGCAUGCACCACUUAACUUUCGGAGUUAUGUGCGUUUAAGCAAUUAAAUGAUAAUUGGUUCAACAGUUAAGGAAAACGUCGUGAGGAAACCAACUAUCUACUGAGUAUUCACCGUAAAGUUCUUAAAGUCGUGUGAAGUUUACCAAUUGCUGAUUGGUAAACUUGGCCAGCGUGGUGGAAUACCGCCUCUCUCAUUCUGAGAUGAGACCAGUGUUAUGUAAUGGGCUAUAAUGGAUUGAUAAUAUAAGUAUCCCUGGAAAAUAAAUCUCUGGUAUUCUCAUCCCCCUGUGACAUCCAUCCACUGCCUUAAACUUCCGAUGAGUUAAGGCUAAUGCAUACAACGCUGCGUUAUAUAUGGAGGCAAUUUUCUGCAUUUAUUGUAUUGUCUUGCAGAUCGAGUGACAAACAAAAUUGCCUGUGUUUAUCUGGUUGCCUCGUGUGAGAUUUUAUUCCGAAGCCUGUCUAUACAUAUAAUAAAUACAUUUAUAUCUAUAUACAUAAUAUAUCAAUCGCGAGAAUGUUAACUACGAUUUAUAUGGAAUCGCAAAA